CAUUAUUCCUACAGUAUUCAAGCAAACCAGUCGUGUUUAUUAGAUCCCUAGUUUUGGGUUUAUCAUUUAGUUUUCACAAGUUGUAUUCAAGCUUAGAUUUAUUUCUCUACUAGUCUAUAAUUAUUGAAGCUUUAGCGUAGUUGUGUUUACACAAUUCACAUUAGUUCGGAGUUAAUUCUUCACGAGUGACAUUCAAGCUACAGAAGUGUUUCAUGUUUGAAGCUUAGAGAGUUCAGUUUCUAGUUUUCUACGAAUUGCAUCAAGACUAACGUUUCACAAUAUUUCUACAGUUGAAUCUUCACUAGUUUUCAACGAUUCCUGUGUUACUACGUUUUAUAUAUGUUUUCUACAACUAUCUAGACUAUAAUAUGGACUACCUAAAAUUAUUUUCGAGUUAUGUUUUCUUAGUUUCUUACGAUUUCUACUCAUGAUUGACAGACAAUAAUCUCUAGAGAGUCAUAGUCUAUCGAUAUCCGUUUUCAGUUUUCUACAUUCACUAUGUUUUCUGUUUUCUGCGAUUUCUUCAUAUCAGAGAAAACUUCUAUAAUUUAAACUAUAAUUAAAACUUCCAUGCUGUAUUCUGUGAUAUAAUCUACAAGUUUGAGUUCACUUGCUCAGUGUUCUACAAGGUUUAAUAGCCCUACUCAAGAUCCUUGAGUUACGGUACAUAUCGAUAUCCAUUUCUAUUUUUCUGCUUAUCUACAACAUUGACAGUACCUGAACGUUUCUAGAGUUUUCUCAAUCUACAAGACAGACACAAAUUUCGGAGUCAAAUCGAUUUACGCUUCUAGUCUACUGUAUUCUCUAUUCUUAGUUUUCUAUACCGACACAGUCUAAAAAAUUGACAGUCACAGUUUCUAGAGUUUAAUUUCCCACUACGUUUUCUACAUUUUUUCUAUGUUACCCAAGUUCUCUACGUUCUCUUCGGUCCCCACAUUUUUUACCUCUUCUACGUUCUGUAUGUCUCCUUUGUUCUCUACAUACUAGUCCUAUAUUUUCUACUUCCUUUAUCAUCUAUAUAUUAUAUACCUUUUCUAACUCCUAUAUCUUCUACCACAUUUUCUCGUAUAUUUCCUACGCCUCUUACAUCUUCUACAUCUCCAACAUUCUCUCCUACCUUCCCUACGCCUUCUAUAUCUCCCUCGCUUCCUGUAUCUACUACAUAAUUAGAACGUCCUCUACAUCUUCUACUUCUUCUAGCCUACAUCUUGUACUACUUCUACAUCUUCUAGCCUAUGUAUUCUAAAUCUUCUAGCCUACGUCUCCCACAUCUCUAACGUCCUCUUUACGUUCCCCAAGUCUUCUACUUCUAGACUCCAUCUUCUACAUCUUGUAGCCUAACGUCGUCUACAUCUUCAACAUCCCCCACGUUCCCAAAAGACUUGUACAAGCCGCCGGCGCCAUGUUUGUGUUUGUUACAGAGCCGCAAACCAUCGUGCUACCGGCGAGCAUCGUAAGCGAGCCGGCGUCAGCGGCGGAGGACGACAAAUGUUUUGUGCGCUUCGUGACUAAGAUGCUGCUGGAGCUGUUGGGUGUCUGUCUGCUGCUGCUGAUUGUGCUGAUUGUGCACUUUCAUGAAUGGCCAUCGUUGCGCACGAUGCGCGUCAUGAAGCGGCUCCCCGGGCCGCCUGAGGCGUUCUUCUUCGGCCACUCGCCGACGCUGGCCAAGAUCAAGUUUGAAGAUUUGCUGGUUUUUUUCGGCCAGCUAAUACGGGAGUAUCCACCUGUUUUCAAAAUAUGGACACUUGGCAUUCCAAUAGUUGUUCUAACGGAACCAGAAGACGUUGAGGUAUUACUGAGCAGUGUUCAGUACAUAAAAAAAGGAAUCGACUACGAUGCGUUCCUAGACUGGCUGAAUGAGGGUCUACUUGUCAGCACAGGAUCAAAAUGGCAGUACAGACGAAAACUGCUGACGCCAGCAUUCCAUUUCAAAAUUCUGGAGCACUGCAUUCCAAUAUUCAACACAAACGGAGCUCUGCUUUGCAAUGAACUGCUAGAAACAAAAAACGAAGAGAUCGAAAUUGAGCCUUUCAUUUCAAAGUGUACACUGGAUAUAAUUUGUGAGGCAGCUAUGGGCUGCUCAUUGAGAAAUUUGCCAGACAAAGGAGAACAGUAUGUGAGAGCUACAAAAAAGAUGAACAAUUUGAUAAUCGAAAGGAUUCUGACUCCUUGGCUGGCCAAAGACUGGCUGUUUCAUUUAUCACCCACCGGCAGGGAGCAGAAAAAAAUUGUGGAUAUCCUUCAUUCAUUCACACAGAUGAUAAUCGAAGAGAGGAAAACGCAGUGGCGAAAAAGCAGUAAAGAGGACCUAGAAGACGAUGAAUAUGGAAGACACAGACCCAAGACAUUCCUGGACUGUCUGAUAGAACUCAGUGAAAAGGACUCUGAAUCUCUAACGUUGACUGAUAUAAGAGAGGAAGUCGACACUUUUAUGUUUGAGGGCCAUGACACCACUUCAGCAGCAAUAACUGCUACCAUAUUCAUGAUUGGUCACCAUCCUGAAGUACAGGAAAGGAUACACGAAGAGCUUGAUGACGUCUUUGGCGGCUCGGAGAGAGAGAUAACAAUGGACGACCUGCACUAUCUCACUUACUUGGAGAGAGUCAUCAAAGAGUCACUUCGUCUAUUUCCCAGUGUACCCAUGAUGACUAGGCGACUGCAAACCGAUCUACAGUUGAACAGUUCGCAACACAUGGUGCCGUCGACGGCUAACGUGAUUGUGUUCUCGUACUGGCUGCACCGCAACCCCAAGCACUUCCCUGAGCCUGACCUCUUCAACCCCGACCGCUUCCUGCCUGACGAAGUCCACAGGCGACACCCCUUUGCCUACAUCCCCUUCAGUGGCGGGCCUCGCAACUGCAUAGGCCAGAAGUUCGCCAUGAUGGAGAUGAAAAUCGUGCUAGCAACGGUGAUGCGAAAAGUGCGCAUCGAAUCGAUAACCAAGAUGGAGGACAUUAAGUUGAUACCAGCUGUCAUUCUGCGACCGCAAAAACCAUUCAAGAUCAAAGUGUCGCCCAGAACCAAAUAGACUAUUCCAUUCAUCAUUUCUAUAGUGAAACUCUCGUUAUCUCGUUCUAAAGUCAUACAAACCUUGGUUUGCUAUCCUUGUCUGUCAUUAGUCAAUGAAGAUAGCUCCAUCCUUUUCCAACUCCACACCAAAAUUAUUGAGUGGUUUAUGAAUUUUCAAUUUGAAGCUCAGUUUUUGCAAGCCGGACACAGCAAUGUAUCCCGGCUACAUAUAGGCCAAACAAGUUAUUGACUCUUUGAAUGUUUCUAAUUUUUUUGUUGGCCUAUGAUUUGAUAUGCUAUAGGCUAUACCAAAACUAUUUCUACCGCAAGCUUAAUUUGUUUUCAGAAAUAUAAUGAACAAGAUGCCCAACCACAAUAUGUUAGAAUCAGUGCAAAGUAUUAAGUCUAUAGUGAGGUCCACGUUAUAAUGGCAGUGGUGUUUGAUUAACAAUGGUAUUGCUAACCUUGUCUAUCAUUUGACAAAGCGGAUAGCGCUAUCUCUUUCUCGCUUUGCUCUGUUGCCAGAUCGUCUUUCAACAAUGUAGAAUUAAUAAACGAGAUAUUUCAUCUCGGUUAUGAAAUUAUUGAAAAAUAUAAUUUAUUGCUUAAUAAAAUAUAAUAGAUUACUUUAAACGAGAAAUUAACAGUAGUUAAUAUGAAGGAUAUCAUUCUUUAAAUCAAUAUCCUCAUGCAAAUCAAUAAAACUUUUAUUAAUUCCACACAUUCACAUUAUUUACAUUUUCUUAAUCUAUUCAUUGAGCUUUUCUACUAAAAAACUAACUUGUUUAUUAAUUUUAUUAACAAUAUUGCUUUUUGAAUUAAUCACAUGACUACUUUCAUAUGUCGAUAUUAUAUCAUACGUCAAAAUAGAAUUACCAUCGCUAAAAUCUCAUAUCCUACAAGUAUAUUACCUACCCCGUAAACCUGUAUCACCUACCGUCUAUAGAUGGCAUUGACAAGAUGACAGAGGAUCGGCGACGUUUUUCUCCUAUCUUUCUCUACUGCCAUUAUAACGUGGACCCCACUAUAAUAUUGAAAGUCUGAACUCUCAAACUGGCAAUCAAGGUGUCACAUAUUAAUAUCAAUUGUCGAAAAUUCAAUGUAUUCUGUAUUUAUGUAGUGCAUAAUUUAUUGUGGAAUUUGCCGUUUUCCCAUUUAAUCAUCUUUAUUGGAUUUCAUCUUGGUACACAUAUGGAAAUUUAUCAUUCAAUCAUGAAAAUAUAUAAGUAUUAACCGUUUUAUUCCAUUGAUGAAUAUAAUAAUAUCCUUUUAAGACGGAAUAAUUAUUAUCAAAAAUGAAUAACAAUCAAAUCUGGAUUCCCAGUCCCACAUAUCAGUGACCGGCACCAUAAAAAUAUUAUUCUCAUUAGUUUUAAUGGGAGUAUUCAUGCUCUCUCGCCCGUGCUGAGUGUGAACAGUCCAAUAACAACUCAUGGAAAUAAUAUUUUCACUGUGCCGGUGACUUUCACUGUAACUGACAUUAUAUUUGGGAAACCAGCUUUAUAUUAUGAUCUAAAUCACAGCUAUCUACAAAAAUAUUUAAUCAAGUUUGAUUUUUGGUGCUCCUAAUUCAUUUCUUUAAAAUGUGAAUAUUUAUUAUUUUAGUGAUAAUAAUGUAAAAUAUAUUCCUAUGUUUGGUUUUAAAACAUCUAAAUUUAAAAAUUUACAUUGUGAAAAUUUUGUGAAGUGAACAACUACAAGACUUAACCUAUUUUGGACUAUGUGUAACCUUAUGUAAAUUUGGGAGAGGAAUAGCACAAGGCUACCUUAUUUUUUCUCUCCCUAUAAUUUUUAUGAUGUACUUUUUGUAUGAAUUAAUAAAUAAAUAAUUAAUUAAUAAAUCACAGCUAUCUACUAUGGAGGGCGGAGAAAAGGAAAGGAUGUUCAGCUUUAUAUUAUGAUCUAAAUCACAGCUAUCUACUAUGAAGGGCGGAGAAAAAGAAAGGAUGCUCCCCUAUUCCUAUGAAAUACAUUGAUUUUAAAACGAGAAUCUCAUUAUAGAGAGUAAAAUUCAUUCAUUAUUUUUAAUAUUUUACGGUUGACUUCCUCUUACGUUAUAUUCAUAAGUAUGUUAAUAAAUAUGUUUUGUUCUAAAC